UUUCUCUGUGGCAAAAAUGUCGGACUCGAUGAUCGCUGAUCAGACUUAUCUCUUUCUCAAUCGGAUACAAGAGAGAAGGUUCGAUGAAGAGUCUCUUCGGAUUCUCGAGCUGUCCCUGGUUGCAAUGAAUGUGAAAUCGUUUUCCGAAGUUAGAUCCCGAUUGGCAGAUUUCAUGAGAUCUGAAUCGGCUGCCAUAUUCGGUGAGCUCACUGGAGAAUCCAUCGUUGCAAAGCUCUCCGUACUUGAAUUCUUCGCUCGUGCUUUUGCUCUUAUCGGUGACAUUGAGAGUUGUUUGGCUAUGAGGUAUGAGGCAUUAAAUCUACGGGAUCUCAAGUCCCCUAGCUGUUUGUGGUUAAGGGUUUCACAUUCAGAAUGGACCGAAUUUGCAGUCCAAUCUAUGGAAAAUGGAUUCCUAUCUAUUGCCGGAAAGGCGUCUGAAAAUGCGUUAUUGAGCCUUAAAAGGGAUAGUCUUAUUGAAACAAAACAAGAAGAGUAUUCUACAAUUUUGGAUGCAGCUGAGAAAGUAAGGAGACUAAGGGAUUCAGCUGCCUUGUUAACAUCUUCAUAUUCAGGCACAGGGUGCAGAGUACUUGAGGAGCAAGGAACUCAGGGUACUAAGCAGACAGACUCGACCAAUUAAAAAUCCAGACUGCACAGGUAGCAAUUUGUUCAGAGAAGGUAUCAAUAAGCGUAACGAACGAAUGUUGCAACAUCUCCUGUAGUAUUCAGAUGACUCGAGAUCUAGAAUCAGAUUCGCGCUGUGUUGAUGCAAAUGGUGGUACACACUUCAAUGACCUUUUAAUGCUUCAUGACCAUUUAAAUACAGGUCAGCUUUUGAUAAAACAUUACUACUUAGAUAUUACUGAAGAUCAUAGUUUGUUCACAUAAAAACAGAAAAAGUUCAAUCUUUCUACCCUUUUGCAUCUAACAUCAUGUUUCUUUCAUGGAAAGGGUCAUCAUUAUGUAUGAGCAAAUCCAAACAAAGCCAGGCGAGCUAGUUUUUUUUCCAGUCUCGUUCCAUUAGUCAAUGUUGACUUCUUUUUUAGUAC